UUUUCAUUUUUACUUCCGGUAAAAGCUGAAGGUCGUCUGACAUUACUUUCUGUUGUCAAAAACAUAGAUCUACGUGUGCCUGGCGAGAUUGUAUAAAAAUGUUCUCGUGGUCCUCUUACCGGUACUGGAAGCCCAAGUGAGCAUUGUUCGGUGAAGCAGAAAAUGUUAGGCUACAUAAUUUUGAUAUCGAUUUUCGUUGAUAUAUUUAAGUGUCCUUGAACUACAUAAAAUAUGUGUACCGUUUGUUAACAACUGUACCAGUAUGCCAUAUUAAAAUGGAUUAAAUUUAUAGAAGUAUGAGGAGGAUUUUAGACAUUUUACAGACACUGUUAAAUUAUGUUGAUGAAAUCGAUGUGAAAUCCUUUCUUGUGUUUCUUUCCACAUUUCUUCUGGUGUAUUGGAAUACCCGCCGCCGAACAGGUGUCCCACCGGGCCCACCUCUGCUCCCGUUGAUUGGGAACCUCCACUGCUUGGCAACAAAGGAUGUGAUCGGGAAACUUUGUGAUCUGAGAAAAGCUUAUGGCGACAUUUUUGGCAUAUACAUUGGUGGUGAACUAACUGUAUUUUUAAAUGGAUAUGACGCUAUACAUGAAGCACUUGUAAAGAGAGGGUCACUUUUUACAUGGAGACCAGUCUCGAGACUGAACGAGUUGACUUUUAUACAUCACGGUUUUCUCAUGCACAAUGGUCGGCAGUGGAAGGAACAACGAAAUUUCACCCAGUCGUCUCUACGACAACUCUGUUUCCACAACAAUGGCAUGCACAUACAGGAAAUUCUCAAUCGCGAAAUCCUUCACCUUGUAGAUAAGCUAAAAACGUUUCAAAGGCCUUUUGACAUAGAAACUCUUUUCAACAUAUCAUCGGCGAAUAUUGUUUCAACGAUAUUGUUUGAUUGCAGGUUUGCGUUUGAAGACGAAAAAGCUCAUGCUCUCUUAGAUUUGGUAAGGAGAUCAGGGGAGGAAUUUGUCAUAAAAGAGAUAUAUGUAAACUGUUUACCAUUUUUAACAAAAUUACCUGUGGACUUAUUGGGCAUUUCUAAAUCUCGUAAAGCGUUUCACGGGCUGUUUGAAUGGCCUACCCAAUAUAUAAAUAAUAUCAAACAGAAGUACAGUAUGGGUACUGAAAGCUACUGGGAUACUUUUACUGGAAUGUACCUCAGAAAAAUUGAGCAGAGCGCCAAGGGCAACGUUACAAGCACAUUUUGCGAAGGUAAUUUAAAAGGUUCCGCAGUGGAUUUGGUAUCGGCCGGAAGUAGUACAGUUGCAGAAACGCUGAAAGUGAUCCUACUGUACCUCAUCAGAAAUCCAGAAAUACAAGAGAAAAUGUACUCAGAAAUAUCUGAAUUAAUUGGCAAAGAUCCACCUAUGCUUAGAGACAGAAAGAAAUUGCCAUACGUCCAGGCGGUAAUCCACGAAGGUAUCCGCAUACUUCACGUGGCCCCGUUUGGAUUACCACGCUCGGUAACUUCUGACGUUGAAUUUCGCGGUCACCUUAUUCCAAAAAACUGUACUGUCCUCGUUAAUAUCGAGUCGCUUAUGAAAGACCCGACUGUAUGGAAAGACCCACACGAAUUCAAACCUGAAAGAUUUCUGAACGCUGACCAGACUGAACUUUCUGUUCCAAGAGAGUUUAUGCCAUUUUCCAAAGGGCCACGUUCUUGUGUAGGAGAAACAAUCGCAAGGAUUGAACUGUUUCAGUUUUUAACUGUUUUAGUGCAAAAUUUUAAAUUCCUUCCUGCGACAGACGGACAAUUUCCGGAAGUCAAAGCAAAAUUUGUGUUGUCUAUGGUUUGCGAACCGUAUCAAAUGAGGGCUAUUAUGCGAUAACAAAAAAAAGUGAAAAAUAUUAUGGCAGGAUGCAUAAAUCUAAAAAGAAAAUAUUGUAUUUUUAAUAUAGACAUGGUUGGAUCGACUGUAAAUUGGAUGAACAGCUGCUUACAAAGAUAAAAUCGAAGCCGGAAAACACCGAAUAAUGAAACAGUGUUUAAAUUUCUUCAUACGCGAAGGGAUGUGCACCGGUAUGACUUCCAUUUGAAACAAGGUGUAAUUUCCUCUUAAAUUUGUACUUUAUCAUUUUCCAUGUUUUAAUAUGUUUCAGUUGUAGUAGGAAUGAAAGAUAAAUUGUUUCAACAUUUAA